AUGUCGCAAGACGGCGACAUAGUCGAGGCCAAGCUUCAAAAAUGCGACCUCGCUCCCAAGGAUCGAAAGCGAAUACAGGACGCAGUGAACAUGUACUACAACUUGCAUGUCAAGCACAACAAGGACGAGACGCUGGUGGAGCUUGCCAGAUGGACCUUGUUCGCCAAGAUCCUGAAGAAUUCGCUGGAUUCCAACCUCGGUCGAGGUUGCCUGGUCCCAGAGCACGGGGUCCAGGAUCUUAUGGCUUCCACCGCCGUUUGCGGCGCCAGGCUGCAUUGGGAAAGUGUGCUAUGCUACCCUCAGCUAUCGGCCGUGGUUUUGGGCCCUGCUGUAGCACUGCUGGCUGCCGAGGACUGGCCGGCCUAUAGUGCGCAAGCCGAAGACAAAGUGCCGAUCGACUUGGACACAUACAAGUCGAAGAUUACGAGGCUCUUGGGAGAGGUGCCUGUCUACGCAGUGACGGACCCAUCGGGGUCGCCUGUUUUAGAGGACGUCGAGCAAAGACUCGGCCGGUUCUACAUGGAUCCGGAUGAUGCGUCUGCGGCUCUCCGGCGGGUGAACACAGGCUCCAAGAACCUCGAGGUCCGAAAGCUGGCCUUGUCGGAUGUGUUCGUGUCAAUUGUCAUCUUCGGCAAGGCCGAAGAGCUCGGAGGCCAGUUCCAGCUGGCCGCGGCAGCUCCAGACUUGAGGGCGGCCUCGAAGCGCCUCGGGGUCGAGAGCCUCGGUCAGCCGGGACAGGUGCCACUGUUCCUUUGUCCAUCGCUGGAGGUGGAGCGCUUUGACAACGAAGCAACCGCAGGCAGCUCCGUUGACCGAGUGCCUGCAUUUCUCCACGAGGACUUGAUCCCGGCUGUGCCGGGUCUGGGAUUGGAGGUCUCCAUUUCCUAA